CACAGCUUAUAAAAGUUGGUUGAGUUUGACACAUUUGACAAAUAUUUAAUUUGACAUAUUAAAGGUUUAUUGAAGUUAAAAAUUGUGACGAUUAUUGUAAAUAUUAUAGUUAAAAUUCCAUAAAAUUUCGUGUGCAUAUCUUAUUAUUGAUAUCUGGUUCCUGUAUUAACUAUAAAUGUAGAAAUGGCUUAUACCGAAAAGGUGUUAUUAAGUGGGACCGCUCUGUCAUUUCUAUUUUAUGAAUGUGUUAACUCUGGCAGUAGUCAGGAAGGAUUCCUAAUUGGCGACGUGACUUCAGAAAUAACUAACCAUAUUUCUGACACCCAAAGUGAUAACACCCGUCUUGACACUCAAAUUAAUAUAAAAACAGUACUCCCGCUACCGUCAGUAUCACUGUUUUAUUUACCUACAGGCAGAAUAAAGGAAGACAUCCUCUCUGAUUUGUUAGCUAGCACUGCCAGUGAAAUUGUAGGUUGGUACAAAUAUAGGAAAAAUGCAAACAUUAAACCUACGUUUAGGGAUAAAUUAAUAUCAAAAGGAUUACAAAAGUACUUUGAAAAGUAUCAUGGGAAGAAAAACUUUGUCUCAUGUAGUAUAUCAAAUAAGGCAUCAUCUUCUGGAUCUACUCACACUUUUAUGUACAGAUUUGGGAAAAUAAAUUGUUUUGAUAUGUAUGAAUACAUUGAAGAUGUAACAGCAAAUUUAGGUGAAAAAUACACAGGAUACAAGAAAGCACAAAAGUCACCACCUCACAGUAUUUUUAGUAAAAUUGUAAAGGAUAGUAAAGUGCAGGUCAACAAUACAAGUGAUGCAAUAUUAACUAUUCAAGAAGCUGUAGAUGCAAAGCUGGUAAAGGAAGCUAAAAUUGCUGCAAAAAAUGAAUGUACCAUCCGAGAACUAGAAGCAGAAAUUAAGCAAAUGGCUACUAUUUUAUCAGAUAAGCAGUCAUUUGAAUUACAAACUACAUACAACAAGUACAUAGAGGAGAAAGCCCUCAACAGGGAAGCUGAAAUGGCUAAAGCUUGUAUAGAGGCAUUAAAAAUUCCUUUAAAAGUAGAUAUAUUGAAUGCUAAAAAUGUUCCCAGAAACACUAAUAAUAUGGACUCUGAAGAUUCAGUGCAGUUAAUUGAGAAUUUAAGUGGUUUAAGUCCUCCGUUACUACAAGCAAGUUCAUCUAAACAAGGACUCAAUUAUGCUGCUGCUUUAAAAAGCAAAAAUGAAACAGCAUCUACUAGUAAGGAACAAAAUCACAGUGAUGAUUUGAUUAUCUUUGAUGUUGAAGACAACCAUGUGAAUAAGACUGUGAAAGUGAAUGAAGAAAUAAACUGUGGUGAUAGUUCACCGGAAUAUUAACAAGUGCCUUUAUAACUUAAGUUUUUAUGUAAAUGUAGAAUAAGUAUACCUUAGAAGUAAAUCUUGUAACUGUUCUAUCUCUUGUUUGUUACUAAUAAUACUCAGAAUGUUUUGUAAAGAUUAACCUAUUGUAUACAUUAUAAUUCUUCAAUGCACAUUGUUUAUGUUUAAUGCCGACAGGCAUGUAUUGCUGUAUGCACUUCUUGUUGUUGUUUUAUCACAUUUACUUAAAUCUAUGUUAAGUUACUAUAUGCUGGGUGCAUUGGGUUAUUGACUUAAAUAUUUUUCUACUUACUUAUAUUGUUCCGUUUUAAACUUAUUGUUAGGAUGGCAUAAAAACAAAUGUAAAUAAAACAGUUGAGCCAUUUCU